AUGAAUGAGACUUAUCAGCUCCAUCCUUUCCUCAGGAGUGUCUCAUUUAACAACACUGCUGGGGACCAGGUGAUGUUUGAUGAGAAAGGUGGAUUCACAACUGGAUUGGAUAUUAUCAACUGGAUUACCUUCCCAAACAAAUCCUUCUUAAGAGUGAAAGUAGGGAAAAUGGAUCCACAAUCACCACUCGGGUAUUUCUUGUCUCUGCAACUGCAGCUGCUGCUGCUGCUGCUGCUGCUGCUGCUGCCUCAAACAGAUUGUAAGAUAUAUCCUGCUCUGUGUUCCAUGAAUGAUCCUCUCCAGGUGAAGUACCAGUAUUAUCAGCCAGGGGACCUCAUCAUUGGUGGAAUCACUUCUCAGCUCUUCUCCUUUGCUGAGGGUGUAGAAUUCAAAGUACACCCCACACCAAAGUAUGAUGUUGAACCUGUGGUGAUGCUGAAAAAAUACCAGCAUGUCCUGUCCUUGGUAUUUGCUGUGAAAGAGAUCAAUGAAAAGCACCAGAUCCUACCCAAUGCCACCUUGGGAGUUCAUGUCUAUGACAGCCACUUUGAUGCACAGAUAACUUAUCAGAACACCUUGAACCUUCUCUUUAAUCAGAAGAGGACCGUCCCCAACUACAACUGUUACUUACAGAAGACUCCAGUAGCUGUUAUUGGGGGCCUUGAUUCUGAAACCUCCCUCCACAUAGCCACUAUCUUAGGGCUCUACAAGAUUCCUCAGGUCACCUAUUGUUUAUAUGCGCCAGCAGUGAGUGAUGUCACUCAGCGCUCUUCCUUAUACCGUAUUGUCCCCAAUGAAGCACAUCAGUACAAUGGAAUUGUCAAGCUGCUUCUCCACUUCCAAUGGAAAUGGGUCGGGAUCAUGUCCAUGGGCGAUGAUAAAGGAGAAAAGUUUUUGCAAAUCUUGGAACACAGGUUUUCUCAGAAUGGUAUCUGCACAGCCUUCAUUGGAAGAAUGCCAAUUCAGAGCAACAUGCUUGACGUUAUUAACUUUUAUGACCGCUUCAUGAAUAUGACAAUUACUCUAAGCAAAACUACUUUUAAUGUUUGUGUCAUAAGCGCUGAUGCUCAUAUGAUGCUAGAUUUGCAGGUGGUGCUCAAUCUGAUUGAAUCAGAUGUUAUGAUGCCAAUAAAUAAGGUGUGGGUGAUGACCGCCCACUGGGAUUUUUCACUGGAACCAUUUUUUGGAAAUCUGGAUAUGCAGGUCUUUCAUGGUACCUUGUCCUUUGCAACCCACUCCAGUGAUGUGUAUGGGUUCCAAAAUUUCCUUCACAUCCAGAACCCUCGUGCUACUGGUGAUGGCUUUAUCAGGGUCUUUUGGGAGCAAGCAUUCAGUUGCUUAUUUCCAGACUCUGCCAUGGAUAAAGAGAAGAAGAGAAGUUGUACAGGCGAGGAGAAGCUGGAGAGCCUUCAUGGACCUGCCUUUGAAAUGAGUAUGACCAGCCAAAGCUACAGCAUCUACAAUGCAGUCUAUGCUGUGGCACAUGCUUUACAUGCUCUGCAUUCAUCCAAUAACAAACAUAGAGUAGUGGUGGGUAGAGACCACUUGGAGUCUUUUAAGUCCCAACAUUUUCAGCUUUACCCUUUUCUCAGGAGCAUCUCAUUUAACAACAGUGCUGGAGACAAAGUCUCUUUGGAUGAGAAGGGUGAAUUUUUAGCUGGAUUUGAUAUUAUCAAUUGGGUGACUUUCCCCAAUAAAUCCUUCGUAAAAGUGAAAGUAGGAAAAAUGGAUCCCCAACAACCUGCAGGUGGAGAAUUCUACAUUAAUGAGAGACUAAUUACAUGGCGAAGUCUAUUUAGCCAGGGUGUGCCUCUUUCAUUGUGCAAUGAUUACUGUCAUCCUGGUUACAGCAAACAACGGAAGGAAGGGGAGCCAUUUUGUUGCUAUGAUUGUGUCCCAUGUCCAGGAGGGAAAAUUUCACACCGAAGAGACACGGAUGAUUGCUUCAAAUGUCCAGAAGAUCAGUAUCCAAACCAAGAGAGAAGCCGGUGCCUUCCCAAGGAAUUCAACUUCCUGUCUUACAUUGAACCAUUGGGCAUUACGUUGGCUGUUCUGGCUCUGGCUCUUUCCGUAACCACAGCAUUGGUCCUUGGAAUCUUUAUUAAGCAUCGGAAUACUCCCAUUGUCAAAGCCAACAACCGGAACCUCACUUACUCACUGCUCAUCUCCCUCCUAUUGUGCUUCCUCUGUUCCUUGCUAUUUAUUGGACAGCCCCAGUUAGUUACUUGCCAUCUACGUCAAACAGCUUUUGGUAUCAUCUUCUCAGUGGCUGUAUCUUCUGUCUUGGCAAAAACAAUCAUGGUAGUUCUGGUUUUCAUGGCAACUAAGCCAGGAUCCAAGAUGAGGAAAUGGGUGGGGAAAAACUUUGCAAAUAAUGUUGUCCUCUGCUGCUCAUUUAUUCAGGCAAGUAUUUGCAUGGUAUGGCUAUGCUGUGAUCCCCCAUUUCCAAAUCUGGACAUGAACUCUCUGUCUGAAGAAAUCAUAGUGGAAUGCAAUGAGGGAUCAGCCAACAUGUUCUACUACACUCUUGGUUACAUGGGAUUUCUGGCUCUCGUUAGCUUCAUUGUGGCUUUCUUUGCUCGGAAGCUACCAGACUCUUUUAAUGAAGCCAAGUUUAUCACUUUCAGCAUGUUGGUGUUUUGUAGUGUGUGGGUGUCUUUUGUUCCAACGUAUCUAAGCACCAAAGGCAAAUAUAUGGUUGCUGUGGAGAUCUUCUCUAUUUUGGCCUCUGGUGCUGGAAUACUGGGUUUUAUAUUUUCCCCUAAGUGCUAUAUAAUUGUCCUGAGGCCAGAACUGAACAAUAAAGGACAAUUAAGAAGGAGAAAUGACUAA